AUGGCCUCUACAUUGAAGAGCGCGCUCCCGGCGCAUUUGAAGCCCUCGAAUCUUGGAAAUGGUGAUGCGAGCGCUGAGUUCGCCCGCAAGCAUCAUGGAAAGACCCAAUCCCAUAUGCUACAGUGGUGCCUGUACUUGCCUGGCUUCUGUGUCCAUGUGGUUCCUGCUACUCCCUACCGCGACGAGCUCCAUCACGUUCUACCCAACUUGACGGACACUCUCACUGUCCAACCUUUUCACACAGCCAUUCAUGAGCAUCCUGUAUCUAACCAACCAUCACCCCCAAAUCAUUCUCCCUCUUCAGUCAUGUCUUCCUCUGCUUCGAUUACUUCAGAGCCAGGCCUCCCCGAACUCGCAAAGCUAAUCAGUCACGACAAGGCCUUCGAGAACACUUCUACCUCUGUGGCUGCAAGCCAAAUGCGAAAUGCCCUCAACAACCUCGCAGACACCGUGAAAGAUCCCGAGCAGAAGAAGCUCUUCGAAACCGAGAUGGACAACUUCUUCGCGCUUUUCCGAAGAUACUUGAACGACAAAGCCAAGGGAAACACACUGGACUGGGAUCGCAUUGCCCCACCCGCGCAGAACCAGGUCGUCGACUACAAUGAGCUUGCCAACUCUGAGUCCGUCUCUUUCUUGAACAAGCUUGCGGUGCUCAAGCUGAAUGGCGGUCUCGGUACUUCAAUGGGAUGUGUUGGUCCAAAGUCAGUCAUUGAAGUACGUGAUGGCAUGUCCUUCCUCGAUCUCUCUGUCCGACAAAUCGAGUACCUCAACCGCACAUAUGAUGUCAACGUCCCAUUCGUUCUCAUGAACUCCUUCAACACAGACGAUGACACCCAAAAUAUCAUCAAAAAAUACGAGGGUCACAACAUUGAUAUCUUGACCUUUAACCAAUCCAGAUACCCUAGAAUCUUGAAGGAUUCGCUUCUUCCAGCACCAAAGUCAUUCGACUCCCCUAUCUCUGACUGGUACCCUCCAGGACACGGAGAUGUCUUCGAGUCCCUGUACAACUCUGGUAUCCUCGAUAAGCUCAUAGAGCGAGGCGUUGAGAUUCUCUUCCUGUCCAACGUUGACAACUUGGGCGCUGUCGUUGAUCUCCGAAUCUUGCAACAUAUGGUCGAGACGAAGGCCGAAUAUAUCAUGGAAUUGACCGACAAGACCAAGGCUGAUGUCAAGGGUGGUACUAUCAUUGACUACGAGGGAUCUGUCCGUCUUCUUGAGAUCGCUCAAGUGCCAAAAGAGCACACCAACGAGUUCAAGUCAAUUAAGAAGUUCAAGUACUUCAACACCAACAACAUCUGGUUGAACCUGAAGGCCGUCAAGCGAAUUGUGGAGAACAACGAGCUCGAGAUGGAGAUUAUCCCUAACAACAAGUCCAUUCCGGCCGACAAGAAGGGGGAAUCAGACAUUUCCAUUGUCCAACUUGAGACCGCAGUCGGAGCUGCUAUCCGCCACUUCCACAAUGCUCACGGAGUGAACGUUCCCCGAAGACGUUUCUUGCCAGUCAAGACUUGCUCAGAUCUGAUGCUCGUCAAGUCAGACUUGUACUCACUGAAGCACGGUCAACUCCAAAUUGACCCCAACCGUUUUGGUCCCGCCCCUCUCAUCAAGCUUGGUAACGAUUUCAAGAAGGUCUCGGAUUUCCAGAAGCGCAUCCCCAGCAUUCCUAAGAUUAUCGAGCUCGACCACUUGACUAUCACUGGUGCUGUGAACCUUGGCAGAGGCGUUACGCUUAAGGGUACGGUCAUCAUUGUUGCUACGGAGGGCAGCACUAUUGAUAUUCCCCCGGGAUCCAUCCUGGAGAACGUUGUCGUGCAAGGCUCAUUGAGACUAUUGGAGCAUUAA